GUUGUGCUCUGGACAAGUGCUUUGGAAUUCCUUCAGAAUGUCGAUAACGCCAGGCAAACCCAGAAUAUCAGGUAUUCCGACACCUGGAAAGUCUAGUGGAAUACCUACUCCAGGCAGAUUUCGUUCAUCCUCUUCUGCCAAUUCUCAACCUGCCUUUGAUUCCGAUGUGGAGUUUAUGUCCCGGGCAUUCGCAAAUGCAAUCAAGGCCAAUGACCCCGCACAGCAUCGUACCAGCACUACUUCGAGUACUUCCCCUUCAUCCUCUUCACCAAAGUCAAGUUUGGCGACACUUCAAUCAGGCCGUCGUUCUGUAGCUGGUCGCCCUUCCUCGGUCGCUUCAACCUCUACCUUUGCACAGAGUAGAACAAAGACACCCGCUCCACGCGCUCCAAGUAGACAAUCAGAUGUUUUUACCCGUAGCGUAAGUCGAGCUGGGAAAACAUUCGAAGUCGGAGACAAUGUCAGGAUAGAGUCUUUGGGGUACGAGGGCUGCCUAAAGUUUAUUGGAGAGAUCGACGGUAAAUCGGGCCUGUGGGCAGGGGUUGAACUCAGUGGAGGUUUUUCAGGCAAAGGCAAAAAUGAUGGAUCUGUUGGGGGGAAACAGUACUUUGUGUGUCCUCCGAGUUGUGGUGUAUUCGUCGCUACUACGAAACUCUCUGCCCCCACAAUCCCUUCUAGCUAUCGGCCUCCCUCAGUCGCCUCCUCUCGCGGUGGUCGCAUAACGCCAUCCUUUUCCGGCAGAGUCACUCCUUCACAUUCACUUUCGUUUGGAAGCGGACGCAUCACUCCGUCUAACUUAUAUAGCCGCCCCAACGCUGGCACAACUCCUGCAGCUCGUAAAACCAAGCCAACUCCACAGUUAGGCCUGUCACCGUCGCAAAGAAGACCUGGACUGGAUACUCAAAUUACCUCAGGUUCGAGGGCUUCCAAGUAUAUCGGUCUCACAGCCAAGCAGUUGAAGGCUAAUGGCGACGGGACCUCCGAGCAUACUCUUCGCUCUCCGUCUUCGCCAUCAUACGGACCCCCAGCUCUAGAUUCGAAUAUACACCCUUCAGAUUCUCCAUUUACUACACCAAAGGCUGGUGCUGCUCCUCGUGCCCCAAAUUUGUACUCCGGCGCACUCACCCCUGGCCUCAAAGGUCGCCCAUCUCUAAACACCCCACGCCCAAGGAUACCCAGCGCAGUUGCUAUGCCACCUCCAGCCUCACCUGCCCGAUCAGCAUCCUUUACGUCUACUUAUUUUUUGAAUGAUGGCCCCGAUCUCGCCCAUGAAGACCUAACGUCGCGCAAUCACCUGCGUUCUUCGAUGGAUCUCACUGCUUCUUCACAGGCUUUGCAGGAUAAGAUUAAUCGGCUCCUCUCGGGACAGUCUAAUUCACCUCCCAAGACUAGCGCUCCCAGUCCAUCUCGGCCAUCCUCAGUCGCCUCCCUUCGAUCUGCUUUCCCCGACAAUGACGCGCAAAAGGACGUUCUGCAUUCUCGCCUAGAAUCUCUCGAGCGCGAGAAUGCUUCUCUUCGUGACGCCGCCGACACAGCUCGUGCAGACAUCGCGCUAGUCCAAGCACUCGAAUCUGAACGUGAUGCAGCUCUCGCCUCUGUUUCCUCUACAGAGAACCAGCUCCGCACGCUCGAGCGCAAAGUCACCGAACGAGAGUCAAAAAUUGAAUUGCUUGAUCGCGCUGCGCUAAAAACAACGUCUGAACUAGAACGCGUCAAGAACGAGAACGAGGCUCGUGUCGCAGACUUCCAAGCCAAACUUGAUACGAGUGAGUUACUCGUCAAGAGUCUCAAAGAGGCAAUCGCGGUGAAAGAGGGUGUCGAGCAUGAUAGGGAUGCGCUACUCAAGGCUAAGAAUGACGAAAUUGGGCUUUUAGAAGGUCGAUUGGAGAAGGUGUCGGGCGAAUUAGAGUCUGACAGAAAAGAAUUAAAUGCGCAGAUUGAUGAACUUCGUCAAGCUGGCCAGGAAACAAUUGCGCUUUAUGAAGAACGUCUCAGCACCGCAGAUUCGCGUCGAUACGAGCUUGAGGACCGGAUCGUGUUUCUCGAGGACCAAGUCAAGAAGGCCUCUACUCCUCUCUCUCCCAGCGCCGUCCUCCAGCGCGCCACUUCUGCUGCUGAAAUUGACAACGAGAAUCUUCGCGAACAAGUGCAGCACUUGCAACGCAAGCUUGCCACACUGGAGGACUCUCUGGAAGAUGCUCGUGCAGUAUCUGAACGGGAGGAAGCUGCCGUGCGUGAUCGAAUCAAACGGUUCAAGGACAAGGAAGAUGUUAUGCGAAGCGAACUCAGCGAGGGGCGCAAGACUGUUGAACAGGUCCUCAAAGCUGAGGCUCUCGCUAAAAGUCGUGUUGAAGAGGUCGAGGAGGCCUUACGAGAAAGUACUCUUGCCCUCGAAAAUGCUCAGGCCGAAAUCGAAAAUUUGAGAUCCGAUGUUGCUGUGGCUGGGCUGGAAACGGACGGCGUUCUCGACUCGCAGAAACUCAAAGUUGAGGAGCGCACGCGCCUCACGGAGGAGAUUCAGGCGCUGCGUGAGGAACUUGAUCAAUUACGAUCAUCUGCCGCAGAAUUUGCAUCAGCCUCCCCGACAGUCGAAGACGGCGCCAAUUGGCAAGUGAAGUACGAGCAAGUGCAAAAGGAGGUGCUUCUUUUGCGCAAGAAUCUCGAGGAGCGUGCUUCGGAGCUCGACGCUGCGAAGAAGAGACUUAAUCGUGACAUUCCUAUCAACGGCAUCCAAGAAUCGCCAAGGACACCAACCUCGUCUAAGCAGGAAUCUGCUGAAGUAAUGGGCCUGAAGCACAUCGUUCAAGACUUACAAAAAGAGACUUCUGCAGUGACUCAGCGAAAUAAGUUACUAGAGUCUGAGAACAGACUCCUAAUGUCAGAGACCGAUCAACUUCGCCAGGAACUGAAAUUACUCGAGGAGAACAUCGAACAGACUUUGUUGCGCGAAGAGGCUGCUCUUGGAAAUCACAACACACUGGCAUCUGGUGACGAGCAGAUGGCUAGGUUGGAAAACGAACUGGAACAAUUACGCAAGCGCUUAGCUGAAGCUGAGAUGAAGACUGCCCGUGUCACACACGAUCUGAAUAAAGAGAUUGGUGAGCUAGAGGCGCUCGUGGAGUCAAAGAUUUAUCGCGAAGAUGAACUUGAGCAAGAACUCGAGCGCCUUAAAGAGAAGCUGACGCGGAAUCACAAGAAGUCGUCAAAGAACAGUCUCGAGCCAACAGAUCUAUCUCCUCGACGUUCAUCCACCCCAAACAACAACUUUCAACAAAGUUCUAGCGAAGACAUCUGUGAGCUCUGUAAGAGACCUGGGCACGAUAUCUUCACUUGCGAUCUCUUGCGGGACGAAACACCCACUGCUCGUGACAACACAGUCAAGAAGACGAACAGAGAUCCGUCAGACUUGUUUUGCGUUGACUGCGAAGGACACGGACAUGUAGCUGCUGAUUGCCCACACUCACUGGAUGUUUUCUGAAUUUUGUGGAGCCUUUUUUGCACCACCCACUGUCGCUUCCGUGCCAGGAUGAAACACCUACACAACGUAUUUUCCGUUACCUAAGUAGCACAUAAUCUGCCAUAUACCCCCAAAAUGACAAGAAAGGCAAGUGUCUCCUAUGACGCAAUGAAGUGAUGUCAUAGUGCCUCCUGCC